GAUGCGCGCGCUGCUCGGUGUCCCGACUCCCGUCCUCCUGCUGGUGGUGUACGGACUGUGUCCCUCUAUGGACGAUAGUCACCGCAUGUAUGGAGUUGAUGGCAACCAGUCACGUCCCACCAGCAUUGAAGAGCAUCUAGCCAACCUUGAACAUCAAAACGAUCGGGCCAAAAGAGGGCUGGCAGGUGUACAGCUCAGCUCAGGAUGCAGACGGUCGCUGUAUCUGCACCGUAGUUGCCCCUGAGCAGAACCUCUGUUCCAGAGAUGCCAAGAGUAGGCAGUUACGCCAACUGCUGGAAAAGGUGCAGAACAUGUCGCAGUCGAUUGAAGUGCUGAACCUGCGUACUCAGCGGGACUUCCAAUACGUCAUGAAGAUGGAGAACCAGAUGAAGGGGCUCAGGACAAAGUUCAGACAGAUCGAGGAAGACCGCAAGUCCGUCAUGGCGAGAAACUUUAAGGAGUUGAAAGAUCGAAUGGAUGAGCUGCAGCCCCUCAUCCCAGUGCUAGAGCAAUACAAAACAGACACUAAGCUCAUCUCGCAGUUCAAAGAGGAGAUCAGGAACCUGUCUGCGGUGCUGACGGGAAUCCAGGACGAGCUGGGGGCGUAUGAUUAUGACGAGCUUUACAACCGAGUCAUAAGCCUUGAGAGCCGUCUGCGCAGCUGCAUGAGCAAACUUACGUGCGGCAAAUUAAUGAAAAUCACAGGACCUGUGACCAUAAAAACAUCAGGCACGCGGUUCGGUGCAUGGAUGACCGACCCAAUGGCAUCUUCGAGAAACAACAGAGUCUGGUACAUGGAUACAUACACCAACAGCAAGGUGGUGCGAGAGUACAAAUCCAUGGCAGAUUUUGUUUCGGGUCAAGAGUCUCGAACGUACUACCUUCCAUUUAAGUGGGCUGGGACCAAUCACGUUGUGUAUAAUGGAUCGCUAUACUACAACAAGGAGCAAAGCAACAUUGUGGUCAGGUACAGCUUUGAGACAGGCCGUGUGCUGGCUCAGCGGGCACUCGAGUAUGCCGGAUUUCACAAUGUCUACCCAUAUACCUGGGGAGGCUUUUCGGACAUUGAUCUAAUGGCUGAUGAGAUGGGGCUGUGGGCUGUCUAUGCCACCAACCAGAACGCAGGCAAUGUAGUGAUUUCUAGCUUGGAGCCUGAGACGUUGGAGCCUCUUAGUACUUGGAACACAGAGUACUCAAAACGCAAUGCUGGCGAGUCAUUCAUGAUAUGUGGAACACUCUAUGUCACCAACUCGCACCUUACUGGUGCAAAGGUCUACUACUCCUAUGACACAAAGACAUCCAGUUAUGAGUACGUGGACAUUCCUUUCCACAACCCAUACUUUCACAUCUCCAUGCUUGACUACAAUGCUCGGGAGAGGGCGCUCUACGCCUGGAACAAUGGCCACCAGGUUAUCUUCAACGUCACGCUCUAUCAUGUGAUCAAAACUGAAGAUGACUCAUAAAAACAACAGAGAAUCUCUGUGCCAGUUUAUUUUUUUUUUGUUUGCCCGGAACAAUGGCCAUCUUCAAUGUCACGUCCCACCACGUUAUUCAUUUAGACACAAAUGGUAAAGAUAGGGGUCGGGUGCUCUGCGGCUAUGACACCAUGUUUUUGUUUGCCUGGAACAGGAUCCACCGGGUCAUCGUCCACAUUAUGGUCGACCACUUUAUCCAAAUCUACACAGAAAACAAAGGAGCUAUGAGAUGAUUUUCUCAAGGCUAUUUUCUUUCUAAACUUGCUCUUUAAAAACCAAGGACAGGAUGUAAAAAGGGUAAUAACAGCAGAGAAGAAAGGUCUGGUGGCUUUGAAAGGAUUUUUUUUGUUCAUCUGAAACAACAGCCACAAGGUCUUUAGUGACACAGCCUACCACAUCAUCAAAAACAAACACAAUUCAUGAAAAGUGAAGUGGCUAUAACACGCAAACUGAACUGAACUUCCCUGUAAUCCAGUCAUGGAUAUUGCUGCUCCAGAGCUUGUUAAGAAACACUGGGUGCGAGGCAGAAAUACACCUUUGAUAGACUGCCAGCGAAUUGCAAGACAAGUUAGCAUA